CUCUUUAAAAACUUAGUUUCACUUCAAUUCGUUUGCCAGAAAAGAGAUUCUAGAUCUAGGCCUUCAUCGAAAAAAAGGUCUAGGCUAGAUCUAAUUAGGCCUACAUGUAGAUGCGACUUUUGAAAAGGAAUUCGGGACAGCAUCAUGGCUUGGCUUGAGAGAUAACACAAAUUCACAGCAUUACUUAGUAUCCAGAAGUGGAAGAUUACGCAGAAAUCAUCACAGCACUUUGGAAUUCUUUGCCUAUCAUGGCAGUUGUGACACCAGUUGAUCAAAAUGGAGUUCCCCUACAGAAGGAAGCCUCGGCCUCAAAUCUCCAAACCCUUAUUCAAACGUUGCAUCAGAAUGGAAACCUGACGCCCACAUCUCUUUCUCGCAGCCCCUCCCCGGAUCCAGUCUUGCCCUUCAUGCGACUGUCCGAGAAGAUUGCCAACCGCAUCGCCAAUAAAGAACGCUGGUUCUCCUUGGAAUUUUUUCCUCCCAGGACAGCUAAUGGUGCAGUCAAUCUCGUAGCAAGAUUUGACCGUAUGUUCCAUGGUGGGCCCCUCUUCUGCGACAUCACUUGGCACUCUGCCGGCAACCCUGGAGGGCGCAAGGAGACCAGCUCUAUGGAGAUAGCCAGGACCAUGCUCAAUUACUGCGGACUGGACACCAUGCUUCAUAUGUGCUGUGUCAGUCAAUCAGCAGAAGUCAUCACCAGACAUCUGGAAUGGGCCAAAGAGUGUGGUAUCCGCAACAUCUUGGCCCUUCGUGGAGAUAUUCCUGGUCACACAGAUGAAUGGCAACCCACUCCAGGAGGGUUUAACUAUGCUGUUGAUCUUGUCAAACAUAUUCGAAAAGUAUUCGGGGACGAUUUUGUCAUUGCAGUUGCAGGCUACCCAUCCGGUCACCCCGAUGCUGUUAGCUACGAGGAGGAUCUCAAGUGCCUGAAAGCCAAAGUCGAUGCAGGUGCAGACUUCAUCAUCACGCAGCUCUUCUUUAAAGCCAAGACAUUCCUCAAGUUUGUCCAUGACUGUCGUGCAAUAGGAAUCACCGUGCCAAUUAUCCCGGGGAUCAUGCCCAUACAGGGUUAUCACUCUCUAAGGAGUCUGGUGAAAUUAUCUAAGCUCGAUGUUCCUCAGGAGAUCAUGGAUGUGAUUGAACCAAUCAAAGAAAACGAUGCUGCAAUAAGGAACUACGGCAUCCAUCAGGCCGUCACUAUGUGCAAAGAAUUAUUUGAAAGCGGAGAAGUGUUUGGAAUUCACAUCUAUACUCUCAACCGAGAGGUAGCCACCAUCGAGAUCCUUUCAUCUCUUGGACUAUGGUGUGGUGAGCCAAAGAGAUCACUCCCGUGGAAGACCACCGCCAACCUCAAGCGAAAGCAGGAGGACGUGCGUCCCAUCUUCUGGGCCUCCAGACCCAAGAGCUACGUUUACAGGACUCAAGAAUGGGACGAGUUCCCCAAUGGCCGCUGGGGCGAUUCCUCGUCUCCAGCCUUUGGUGAGCUGAGGGACUACCAUCUGUUUUACCUGACUAGCAAGUCCGACCAGAAGCAGUUGCGAGCCAUGUGGGGCGAGGAGAUUACCUGCGUUGAGGACGUCAGCGAGAUCUUCACGUGCUACCUGUCGGGAGAACCCAACAGAUAUGGCAACAAGGUCACGCGAUUUCCAUGGAACGACGACGAGGUGUCCUCCGAGACAAUGAGGGUGUCGUCCCAGCUGGUGUCCAUCAACAAGCGCGGCGUGCUCACCAUCAACUCGCAACCCAACGUCAACGGUGAACCAUCCUCCGAUCCGGUGGUAGGAUGGGGGGCAUCUAAUGGUUAUGUCUACCAAAAGGCGUACCUUGAGUUCUUCUGCUCUAGAGAGAACAUUGCCGCUUUGCUUCACAUUCUUCAGGACUUCCCUCUUGUCAACUACCACGUCGUCAAUGCCAAGGGCACUGAAACAAUAACCAAUGCCGACCGUCUCAAGCCGAACGCUGUGACAUGGGGUGUCUUCCCCGGAGCAGAGGUCAAACAGCCCACCGUUGUGGACCCAGUCAGUUUCAUGUCAUGGAAGGACGAAGCAUUUGGCUUGUGGCUAGAAUCCUGGGGAACACUGUACAAGGAAGGCUCGCCCUCAUGGCACAUCAUACAGUUCAUCCACGACACCUACUUCCUGGUGAACCUCGUUGACAAUGACUACGUCAAAGGCAACGUCCUGUUUGAAAUCAUUGAGCGUAUGCUGCAGAGGUGCGAGAACUCCAAGGGAGACUGCCGAGUGAGAGAUGUCGAUGAUGAAUGCAUUGCCACAAAGAAAUUGAAGGUUUCUGAAGAGGAGAUGAGCUUGUCCAACGACUGAACGAUGUCCUCUUGGUCGGAUUAGGAUCCCAUCUGAAAUACUAUUGACAAGGCUCUGCACGAAUGUCUACACCAUUGCUUUGAUCUUGAGCCAUUGCGUUGGGCUGAAGCCUUCUUCACUCGUCUGAAAUAAAGAAACUGUGCUGGAUGACCAUUAUGAUUUAUGUAUAUUGUGCAGUAUUAUGAGAGGUGGCAUUCCAAGUGGAUAACUUAAAUGUAAAUGCCUAAAUAGUGUUAGACUUGAAAUUUCAAACACGGUGAUAUUUGUUUGAGCCAUUAUGGUUCAUAAAUUGCUAUCAUAUGUUUAAUGAAAACAUUGAGUGAUUUCAAGUGUGGUGUUCGGUGUUUGUGUUGAGAGCAUGAAAAGGCCGCUGAACCGAGCUCCAGCACCAAGCUGGGUUCAGAGGAACAAUACAGAUUGCAUUACGCGCACCUGCAAUGUGCUGCUGAUCAUCUCAACUUUCGAAAGAAGUCUUGACAACGAACGUAAACUCGGUGAGAAGUUACAGUAUAAUCUCAUUGUACAGAAUGAAAAGGCUAAAAUCACUUCAAGAUUCCCCUGAAGUAAAUAUUAUUUUCCAUGAAAAUAUAUAUAGCUCUAAGGAUUUGCAAUCAUUGUAACUGUAAAAACUAAUUUUAUGGGGAUGUUUCACCCUUUUCCUAGUCGUGAGCUUCAGAUAACCAACACCGAACUUGAAAUCAGGAUUUUCCCAAUCCCUUGGGGUUCUUGUUGGUGAAUGUGGAAAUUACAUGUAGGUCUUAAACACCAGCUUGCAUGCUCGGUUCAGCAGAUGACAUUUAACACCACUGCUCAACACAAACUGCUGGAAAAUGUAUUUCCUGUGGUCAAUCCCAACACCAGCCUCCUUUCAAGUAAGGAGUGACUGGUGUUGGUGUUGUGAUCCAUUGAGUCUUCUAUUUUGGGCAAAUUCACACAAACAGACUCUCCUUUGGUAAAACAAAGUGGGUCCCUUUCACACGAACGUGGAUGCGAUCCGUUGUACAUUUUAUGCAGGGAGCUGCUGGUAGAAAUGACUGGAGCAUUGCCUGGACUGCGACAAUUGAUGCGUUGUCAUUUGAAUUGUAUUUUACAAAAAAGUCAACAGGUGACGUGAAUGGAAUUUUGAAUUGUGUCCUGCUUAGAUAGUUUCUUGGAAUUUAGAUAUGUUGAGAGAAUUUUUAAUCAGUCAGAUGCCAAUUUUCCCUUAGCUUCUAUGGCUUUAUGUAAUCACGGCCAGAACUUGGUAAUCUACUUGUAGAUCUGUGAUAUGCCUGCAAAUUAAUAUCAAGUUCAAAGACUUUCAAAUUAUUAUUCACUGCCACUGCUCAAGUUAA